AUGUUCAAAAAUAUUGUUGCUAUUGUUACCGGUGGUGCUUCUGGUUUAGGGAAAGCUACAGUAGAAAGGAUUUGUAAGAAUGGUGGAAAAGUGGUUGUGUGUGAUUUACCCACUUCUCAGGGUAAGAAACUGGCAGAUGAGUUAGGUUCUGGUGCUGUAUUUGCACCAGUUAAUGUGACUUCUGAAAGUGAUGUGUCUAAUGCUCUGAAUGUUGCUAAAGAAAAGUUUGGGAAAUUGAAUUGUGUUGUUAACUGUGCUGGAGUUGGAAUAGCUUAUAAAACUUAUAAUUUUAACAAGAAUGUUCCUCAUAAACUAGAAGAUUUUACUAAAAUUCUUAUGGUAAACACAGUUGGAACAUUUAAUGUUAUUCGUCUUUCAGCAGGUCUCAUUGGUGAGAACAGUCCUGAUGAAGAUGGUGGUAGAGGUGUCAUUGUCAAUACUGCAAGUGUAGCUGCUUAUGAUGGGCAAAUUGGCCAAGUGGCUUAUGCUGCAAGUAAAGCUGCUAUUGUAGGAAUGACGUUACCUCUUGCUAGAGAUUUAGCAUCACAGGGAAUUAGGGUUGUCACCAUAGCGCCAGGGUUAUUCGAUACUCCUUUACUCUCUUCUUUGCCAGAAAAAGUUAGAAAUUUUUUAGCCAAAUCGAUUCCUUAUCCCCAACGGCUGGGUAAACCUGAGGAGUAUGCCUUACUCGUGCAAUCGAUUAUAGAGAAUCCUGUUAUGAAUGGUGAGGUCAUUCGUUUAGAUGGUGCUAUAAGAAUGCAGCCUUAA